CUUUUUGCCAGCGGAUUCGGUAAUGCCUGAGCCACGUUCCAUUCCCUCAUCCAAGUAGCAGCUAGCGAGAAUGACUUUGCGCUUGGAUUGCCACGCGGAGUUUCGAUUGCGCGGUAAUGGCCAGCAAACGAUUUGCUGCCCCGUGAGGAACCGGCAUGCCUUUAUGUCCCGGGUUUCGCAAGGCGUUCGUGGGCUGGAAGCUGUGGUACAUAUUCGCGGUGCCCUUGCUGCUUCUACCGCUGCCUAUAUACAUGGGAAACAAGGCUGGCCUCAGCGCUUACGCCAUGAUCUGGAUGGCGGCUUACUGGACGCUCGAGCCGAUCCCGCUGGCGGUCACGGCGCUCAUGCCCCUGGUGCUGUUCCCGAUGUUCGGCGUCCUGAGCAGCGCCAAGACGACCACCCUGUACUUCAAUAACAUCGGCUUCGUCCUGUUCGGAUCGCUGGCGGUGGCGGCUGCCGUGGAGACGAGCCGCCUGCAUCAGCGCCUGGCCCUCAAGUCGCUGCUGGGCAUCGGGACGAGCAAUCGAAGAAUCCUGCUGGGUUUCAUGCUGGUGACCAUGUUCAUGUCGAUGUGGAUUCCCAACACCGCGUCCGCCUCCAUCAUGGUGCCCAUAGUCGUGGCCACUCUCGACCAAAUUCACGGAAACAGGAGAAGCCCUUCCGAAGAUACCCUCUUUGGUCCAGAGACGGGACCCGCGGAGCACGGAGAGGUUUCUAGCGCGGAUGCGACCGCUCUGCAGCCGCCGAAUGACGUGCGCGCCGGAAAGAUGCGACGAGCGAUGCUGCUGGCCGUUGCCUACGCCGCAAACAUCGGAGGCACGGGUUCGCUCAUCGGAACGCCGCCCAACCUCAUCCUACAGGCGGAGUAUGCCAAGCUCUUUGGCCAGGACGACGUCACCUUCCUUUCGUGGAUGGCGUACAACGUUCCGCCGAUGCUGCUGUGCACCAUGCUGGCCUGGAUGUACGUGCAGUGGAAAGUGGCCAAGCUAACACCGAUGGGCGCUGAAGAGGCGAUCCGCGAGCGAGUCAAGUUGGAGCUCCUGCGCCGAUACCAUCAGCUCGGGCCCAUGACGUUCCACCAAGCAGCCGUGCUGGCGUUGACGACGUUCAUGAUAUUCCUGUGGCUCACGCAAAACCCGCGCGUGAUCCCCGGCUGGUCCAACCUGUUUCCCUACGGCAAGCAAAUCCUGUCCUCCGUACCGGCGGUGCUGGUCAGCAUCCUGCUGUUCGUGGUUCCCAAGGAUCCCCGCCAGGGCCUGCGCAGCAAAGGGCUGCUCACCUGGGAAGAGGCCAGCGUCAAGAUACACUGGGGCACCAUCUUCAUCAUAUGCGGCGGAAUGACGCUGGCCGAGGCCUCCAAGGAUUCGGGCCUGUCGGCCAUGCUGGUGCUUCAGAUGCGCGGCCUCAACGUGAUGCCCAGCUACCUGGUGGUCGGCGUGCUCUGCUUCUCCGCCUCCAUGCUGACCGAGGUGACCAGCAACACGGCCAUCACGGCCAUCAUGCUGCCCAUCAUCUUCGAGAUGGCCGUGGCGCUGGAGGUGCACCCGCUGUACUUCGCCAUCCCCGUGGUGGUGGCCUGCUCGUUCUCCUUCAUGCUGCCCGCGGCGACGCCACCCAACGCCAUCGUCUACGAGAUGGGCAACUUCCGCAUCGUCGACAUGGCGGCUCCCGGGUUCGUGAUGAACAUGGUGUGCGUCGUCGUCGAGCUGGUGGCCAUCCACACGCUGGGCCCCCUGGUGUUCGGUCUGCGCAGCUUGCCCGAGGGGGCGGCGGCAACGGACAAGAACGCCACCGUGGCACGCGCACUGACCGAGCGUGCUGUUCAAAGCGCCCGCUGAUCCGGUUAUUAUUUUUCGCAAUGCGCUGAACCAGUUUCCCCAGAACGUUUGCGCCGCAUCACUGGAACGUUUUCGACGGCGUCAAAGCGGCGUCCAAGUCAAGAAGGACGACCAGAACCGGAGAUGUCGUGCACAGCGCCAAUCGGAGGCGUACGAACGCUGUAUAUAUUUUUGCGCAGCUUCUUUAGCUCCCCCCCUUUCUCUUUCUCUUUCCUUUUGUUUCUUUUGUAUAUCGCUGCUCUUGCUGUAUAUCGCCGAUUAUUGUAGCGUUAAUUAUUUUUUUCUACGUUUCGAAACGAGUUAUUAUGAAGAAUUUCCGCCGCUAUGCCGUUUAUAUUGGCCGUAGUCUCACACCUGCCGAAGUUCGUCGCUUACCCGAGACAAUGGCCGCCGACACUUUCAUUGCGUGUGCUGCCAGAUCUCGGAGGCCGCGUAGAGACAGUAUGCAAUAAAAGAUCACCCCAGAACUGA